AUGCCCACCCCUAUUCCUCAACCGAAAGGCCUCCCAGUGCUGGGCAACCUGUUUUCUCUCGACUCUAAAAAUCCCUGGGGUUCCUUCAACAAGCUCGCGGCCGCAUCGCCCUCUAACCGUCCGAUCUUCAAAAUCAGCAUUCUCGGCCAUGAUAUCGUCUUCGUGACUUCCGCAGCUUUACUCGAAGAAAUCUGCGACGAGACGCGUUUUCGAAAAUGCGUGACGGGGCCGAUCGUCCAGAUCCGCGACGCAGUCCACGACUCGCUGUUUACGGCUUACCACUCUGAGAGUGAGAUUUGGGGAGUCGCGCACCGGAUUAUGAAGCCUCUUGUUUCGCCAGAGGCGAUUGAAGGUGUCUUCAACGAGAUGAGAGAGACGACCGAUGAUUUGAUAAAGAAGUGGACGGCGUCAUCGAAGCAGCGCGUCAAUGUGUGCAAUGAUCUGGAUCGGAGUAACCACGAAGCGAAUAUGCUUGCCUUCUUUCACCAGAAGGUGUCUAUCAUGAACGGCACCGAGCCAGCCGUGAUCGCCUCCUGCCAGAAUGCGACAAUGGAGGCUGUGAAGCGCAGCUCGCGCCCGAAAUUCCUUACAUGGCUUAUGGGUCACCAGAAGCGCUACGAUUCCGACAUCAAGAUCAUGCGCAAUUACGGCGCAGAGAUCGUCCGAAAACGCCGCGAGGAAUACCCCGACGGCGGACCCAAGGACAUGCUGCAUGCCCUCCUCCACGGCGUCGACAGUGAAACGGGCAAAAAGCUGUCCGAGAGCCAAGUCCUCGACGAGAUCAUUAACAUCUUCAUCGGCAGCGCAACGGCGCCCAACCUCCUCUCCUUUGGGCUAUAUUAUCUCGCCACCAACCCAGACGUCGUCACAAAAGCUCGCGAGGAACUCGACGCCGUUGUUGGUUCCGGCCCCUUCGAGCACGCCCACCUGUCUCAAAUCCCCUACACCGAGGGCAUCCUUCGCGAAUCAUUGCGACUCAGCGCCACAGCACCAGGCUUCAACAUCGAGCCGAUCCCGUCGCCGGGCAAUGAGCCCGUCCUUCUCGCCGGCGGCGAAUACCAAGUCCCGCGUACGCAACCUCUCAUCGCGCUGCUGACCGCCGUCAACCGGGACCCGGAGGUCUUCGAAGACCCCGAAUCCUUCAAACCCGAGCGCAUGGUCGGUGAGAAAUACGAUGCUCUUCCGUCAGGCGUGAAAAAAGGCUUCGGAAAUGGCAAGCGGCAGUGUUUCGGGACACGGUAUGCGUGGGAAUGGAGUCUUUUGGUGCUGGCGCGGUUGAUUAAAGAAGUGGAUUUUGAGCUUGCAGAUAAGAAGUAUAAGGUGACCAAUGAGGGGGUAAACUAUAAUGGAGCGUUCAGCACCCGCCCAGUCGGCUUUUUUUUGCUUGCGAGUCCGCGUGCGAGUGUGUGACUACCUGAGUUGAGACUGGAUCUAGGGAGGGGACUGGGGUCGAGUCUGAGGUUGGUUGGUGAUUGAUCUAACGAUCAGAACCAUUGGAUUGCGACGAGACGUGACGUGAUGAGUUGAGAUGCGAUGCGAUGUGAAACAUGAGAUACCUAUCCAUUUACUCCGUGGUGCGAGGAAUGUCAUCUUAGCUACCCUGACGACCUGCUAUGUAUGUUCUGCUUAACGGGUUACCCGACGACUUGAAC